CUGUUGCUGCGUGCGAUGAGGGAUCUCUUCCUCCUCACUUUUCCUGGCAGUUGCGUUUGGAAACGCGUUCCUUCUCCUGCAGGAGCUGGAGGAGGAAAUGACAUUCAGUGGUGUUUUUCUCAGGUGAAAGGCGCUGUGGAUGAUGAUGUAGCAGAAGCGGAUAUAAUUUCUACGGUAGAAUUUAACCAUUCUGGAGAGCUGUUAGCAACAGGAGACAAAGGAGGGCGAGUCGUCAUCUUUCAACAGGAGCAGGAGAACAAAACCCAGUCUCACAGUAGGGGAGAAUACAAUGUUUACAGUACCUUUCAAAGCCAUGAACCAGAGUUUGACUACUUGAAAAGUUUAGAAAUUGAAGAGAAGAUCAACAAAAUUAGGUGGUUACCCCAGAAAAAUGCUGCUCAAUUUUUAUUGUCUACAAACGAUAAAACAAUAAAGUUAUGGAAAAUCAGUGAAAGGGACAAGAGACCAGAGGGCUACAACCUGAAGGAGGAAGAUGGGCGGUACAGGGAUCCUACUACAGUCACAACACUACGGGUGCCAGUAUUCAGGCCCAUGGACCUCAUGGUUGAAGCUAGUCCACGAAGAAUAUUUGCCAAUGCUCACACGUAUCACAUCAAUUCCAUCUCCAUUAAUAGUGACUAUGAAACGUACCUAUCUGCAGAUGACCUGCGGAUUAAUUUGUGGCACCUAGAAAUUACAGACAGAAGUUUUAAUAUUGUAGAUAUUAAGCCUGCCAACAUGGAAGAGCUGACAGAGGUGAUAACAGCUGCGGAGUUCCACCCAAACAGCUGUAAUACGUUUGUAUACAGCAGCAGUAAAGGAACGAUUCGUCUCUGUGACAUGAGAGCAUCUGCCCUCUGUGACAGGCAUUCGAAGUUGUUUGAAGAACCAGAAGAUCCCAGCAACAGAUCGUUUUUCUCUGAAAUCAUCUCUUCCAUAUCUGAUGUCAAAUUUAGCCAUAGUGGUCGUUACAUGAUGACUAGAGAUUAUCUGUCGGUGAAGAUCUGGGAUUUAAAUAUGGAGAACAGACCUGUGGAAACAUACCAGGUGCAUGAAUACCUCAGAAGUAAACUUUGUUCACUGUAUGAAAACGAUUGCAUUUUUGACAAAUUUGAAUGCUGCUGGAACGGAUCAGACAGCAUCGUCAUGACAGGAUCUUACAACAACUUCUUCAGGAUGUUUGACAGAAACACGAAACGCGACGUCACCUUGGAGGCGUCUCGGGAGAACAACAAACCCCGCACGGUUCUGAAGCCACGCAAAGUGUGUGCGAGCGGUAAGAGAAAGAAGGAUGAAAUCAGUGUUGACAGCUUAGACUUCAACAAGAAGAUUCUACACACGGCCUGGCAUCCCAAGGAAAACAUCAUUGCUGUAGCUACUACAAACAACUUGUAUAUAUUUCAAGACAAAAUGAAUUAGGGUUGGCAUUCCUAACUGAAGAGUCCACUUCCUGCAUAGUUGAAAUAGUUGAAUCUAGCAUUUGUACCUGUAAACGAAAGAGAAUGAGAGGUCCAUUAUGGCACCCCUUUCCAGUGUUUAAAAUGUGCCAUAUGACAACACACUUUUAUAGCUACAUGGAGAAAGCUCUGCUGACGUGUCACGGAGCUCUCCAUGUCUGCUAGCCAUUUAGGUGAGGAUAGGGCACUUUUUAAUUUAAAUGACUACUUGCACCAUCUUGCCUAAUGGACUAGAUUGGACUGUAUCAACAUCGGUUUACUCCACUUUUUAUGCCUUCCAUUGUGAUGACGUCAAACACAGGGAAAGCCUUCAAUCAUGCUAUGGGAUUUAAUUGUGUAACCUCAUUACUGUAUCAUUUGUGGCCCCUUUUUUUUUAUUAAAUACAGCUCAUUCUUGCUGUGGCUUGUAGCAUUCCUCCUUCUGGCUUCCUGGACUCCCCCUUUCCCUUUCAUCCCCCUCCACCUCGCCCUGGUGGUGGUGUAUAGAGGAAAAGAAACAAAAAACACAAAUAAAGCACAUGAGAUGGGUCCGUUUGGGGUCAGUGGUAAAGGGGGUCUGUGUUGCAACAAAUGUUUUAAUGAACAGUUGACUGUAAUCACUCCUUGCCGUGUCUGGCACCAAGAAAAAGAGAGAAAAUAAGGAGAAAAAAAAAACUACUGAAUAAAAGUGACAAAGAAUGGAGAAUCUGUUUUCUUUUUUUAAUCUACCUCUUUAUACAAAUACUCUGUGUUUUACCUUAGAUGCAUGAAAAUAAAUGAUGUUUUUUGUAAUGAUUUUAACCAGUAUUAAUUAUUUUUAAUGGGAAUGAAGAGAGGGAGGGAUUUCACAAGUAUCUGCAUUCAUUCAUGAAUGACAAUAAUACCAGCCUUAGGAUGUCGCCCACUUUCAUUUCAAAGUCAUGAGCUCCUGUCGGAUUUUGCCGUUGUCUGAGCAGACCAGGGCUGUUCCGGUAUCCUUAAGAGCUCUUUUUUCUGAAACUAUUGCUGAAGCUGGAACAGGAGCAGAAUUUGCAGGUUUAAGAUCUACACUACGGGACUCACUUCUGAUGCUUCGUUUCGCCCUGGUUUCUUUAAUGCCUCGUUUUAGGAUACGAUACCUUCACUGCCUUGUUUAGAGUACAAAGUCCCCUGUGGUUUUUUAACGAGUUGUUUGAAUUCUUGUCUAGCAGUAUGAUGUUAUGUAGCUCAAAAUAACAAGUGAUGACAUAGGUAACUACUACACUGCAUUCUGAGAUGCUCUAUUUUCUGUAUUUUAUUGCUAUCAGUAACCGAGUGGAAAUGUAGUUUUACCAUGCAAGUGUUUCUUCUGGCUUUUGGCUUUGCAAUGUUAUUGCACUUACAGAAAUGUGAAAUGGUGCAAUGAUGAGAAAAUACGUGGAGUACAGAAGCUGCAUGAAAUAAGUGUUCAUAGCUAUUUGAGAGAUUUAAACUCUUCAGCAAAUAAGGCUUAUCCAAAGAUGAACUAGAUACUGAUGCUUUAUAAGGCUCAUGAGUUUUUACCUCCGGAUAUUUUUGCUAAUUGUGCUUUUAGGUUUGCUCUUCCUUCAGGGAGGCGUUCAGAAUGAAGCUUAAAGUCGUAGUGAACUCACCUGGACUUGGAGGACUUUCACGUUUCAGUUAUCUAGAUUUAACUUAUUUCUAAGGCUUAGUUAUAGACGGUUAUGAUAACGCCUCUAUUAUUUGAUCAACUAAGAUACUGUUUCUGCUGUAAAAUUAUGGCUGAGUUAGAGAUUGUUAACAAGACUGCACUUGCAACCAUACUUUACUUUAAGUCCUUGUGCAGAGGUUUGAAAAUGUAAAGAUUGUAAUAUUAGAUCCGGUUCUCUUAAAUACAGUAUUUGUCUUGUAACAUGCAUGCCUGACCAUGAGCCUUUGUAAGGAUUUUACCAUAUUUCACCUGUUAGCCUUGUUUUUUUUCUUUUUCACAAAGAGUAACUGCCCCAGGAACAGCAGCUGUUUUCCAGAGGGCGAAAAAUACUUGCUAGCAGUUGAAGAAACCUGUUGGUUGUCGUCCAUAGAGGUGUUUCACGGGAUCAGGCCCAACAUUGUUCAUUACCUUAUGAGAGCAAAGAGGAAAUCGGGCACUACUUCAGCAACAGAGCUGGUAAAAAUUCAUCUCCGUUUUCGCAAAGGUUUAAUUGUUAUUUUGGGAAUAUCGAGGUUUGCGAGAGCAAGAUUGCUGCUUUUACUUGUGUAUCUGUAUAUCCUGAGCGAUGCACUGAAUACAUGAAAAGCUGCACAGACGGCAGUGGGGAUGCAAAGACAGAACUGAACACGUAGUUUCUCGUAGAUGGAAGUGCAGCCUUCUAGCAAUACUACACUCAAGCAGAACUGCCUCUUGGACCUCAGCUGUGCUUGGUGGUUUCAGGAGUUUUAAGGCUAGUCUUGGGAAAUCCUUGUUUUCAGCAGUAGCGGUGAUCUCUGGCCUGUCGCUUGAGGUUUAACCUAUCCUCAACAAAACCAGCUACUGACUUUGGUGUCAUGCUGUCCAAUAGAUACUUCUCUAAAACACUGUCCAUUGACAUAUGCUGUAAAUCUUAUAUUUUAUUAAUAAAAGUAUGCAUAGAAUA